AUCAAUGUCUCCUUCUUGAGUUUUAAUCGGCCUAAAGUUUGUAACUUCAUUGAAACAUAAACCUGUUUAACUGGGAAACGUAUACAGAGAGACCCAUAGUGUGUAAAAAAAUGUAUGCUUUUGUUGAGACGACGUGAGCGUUGACCCCCUAAAAUUGGAAAUAUGCCUGAAAGCUCUCUCAAAUCCCAGAAACCUUAAAUUAUCAAUAUCCAUUGAAGAUCACUAACUUGUUUAUAAAGAUAACGCAAAUUGUGGGAGAUUGAAAGUCAGAAACUUGGAGAUUGAUGCUUUUAUAACAUGGGACUGACAUGUGAGUCUCGGAAGCGUUGACAUGGCCAUUACAACGCAUUCUCAAAAGCUCAAACCUCAAUGAAGAAUAGUAUAAAAUAGUACCCAUGUGCCCCAAGCUCAAAGCUCAUUGUUUUCCAAAUUAAAAAUAUAUAUAUAUAUAUAUAUCAACUUGGCUCAAAUUCACUUUCAUUUUCUACUUUGUUACUCAUCGUCUUUGCUGUCUCAUGAUUGCUUGUUUUGUACAUUAAGCGAUUUCUUUCCCGAGUUAACUCAAUAGGUAGCUUUUAUUUGUUGGAUUCAAUCGCCGACUGGAGAUGAUACUUCUCGUUCUCGAUAAUAUGGCUAAACUAAAUAGCCUAGUGAAGAUGGGGACAUGGAAAAGUGUAAAUAGGACAAUCUUUAUAUUGGGUAUUUGUGCUCUUCUGGUUUCAGUGGCUACCUUGUCUGGGUCUUAUUCUUUUAGAUCUCUCCUUGUUACUAAUUCCUUCUGCGACUAUGUGAACCCUUUGAAUGAAGGCGAAGCGAGGAUGAAUUUUGAGGUUGUUAUUCGGAAAAUCCGACAAGAAAUGGAUGAGUUGAAGAACGGCACGUUGAAAGAGUCGUCGUCAUCGGAAAUCUUGCUUAGACAUAGUGCUUUUCUUGCUGAUAUUCUUGGUCUAAUCGAGUCGAUGCAGGCAUUGGGUCCCGACGUCGAAAACGCGACCGUCGAUCAUCCAUUGGUAAAACUGAAUCAUCAAUCCGAUGAGCCUGCGGAUUACUUCCUGAUCGAGGAAAUUCGGAAGUACGUUCGGGUAAAGCCGAACAGACUAGGGAAACAGAACUUCAUGGGAGCAAAUGGUACGUUCACGAGCAUCGGCCACGCUUGUUUCGCAAUGAAGGAGGAGCUGGAAGAGUACAUGGAUUACGACGUGGGCGAAAUCUGCAACGACGAUUGGAAGCUAGCUCAGAAACUAAUGGUUCACGGCUGCGAUCCGUUACCGAGGAGGCGGUGCCUCGCGAGAGCCCCGCGGCUAUACACUCAGCCUUUCCCCAUCAACGAGUCCAUCUGGAAACUUCCCGACGAUCGCAACGUCCGAUGGAGUGGAUAUUGGUGCAAGAACUUCACUUGUUUAGCAAACAACGGAACCCGCAAAGGAUUCUUCAAAUGUGCAGAUUGCUUCAAUCUCACACACCAUGAAAUGCCGAGAUGGAUUCAACCCACGGAUUUAGACCCCGAAACAAACAUAACCGCAGACUUUUUAAUACCCGAAGUGCUUAAAAUCAAGCCUGGGGAGGUCAGAAUCGGAUUGGAUUUCAGUGUAGGUACCGGGACAUUUGCAGCAAGGAUGAGGGAGUUCAACGUGACGAUAGUUUCAGCCACCAUCAACCUCGGGGCACCGUUCAACGAGAUGAUAGCUCUUCGAGGAUUAGUUCCUCUUUAUUUGUCAAUAAACCAGCGGCUACCCUUCUUCGACAACACCCUGGAUCUGAUACACACGACGAGGUUUCUGGAUGGGUGGAUUGAUUUUGUACUUUUGGACUUUGUGUUGUUUGAUUGGGACAGGGUUUUGAGACCAGGGGGAUUGCUGUGGAUCGACAGUUUCUUCUGUUUAAAAGAAGAUUUGGAAGAUUACAUGGAGGCAUUCAAGGUGCUGAGGUAUAGAAAACACAAAUGGGUCGUUGUUCCAAAGCGAGAUAAAGAUGAUGAUAGAGAGGUGUUUUUCUCAGCUGUGUUAGAGAAGCCGCCAAGGCCAUUCUGAUAUAUACUGUUAUCUUUUAGUUCAUAGUUUCAUGUUUGAAACACAGGUACAAGUUUCUUAAUUUCUUUACAGAAUUCGAUUUUAUUUUAGUUUAUUGGAAUCAAAAUGUUUGUAGAUGCCAACUAGAAAUAUUACAGUAACAUCAUCUUGUUCCUAACUAA